ACAAAAACGAAUGGUAUGUCCGGCUCUCCGACGUUGCAACGUGGUGACCCUACCAGCGAUGAUAAGUACUAUAAAACCGCCUUCCGAUUUGCUAAAUUCGACUGUGUUAACGUGUUCGAGCUCGGAUUAUCAGUAAACAUGAUUUUGUUAUUAGUAUCAGUUGUUGCAGUGUUACUACUAUUAGCCUCCUGGAUUAAGUUAGUUCGGGAGAGCAAGAGGUUUAAUAUAAACGGACCUUCGCCGUUGCCUCUCAUUGGAAAUGCUCAUUUGUUCAUUGUUAAGUCUUCAGAGUUUUUGAAUCUAAUUCACAGACUAUCUCUUAAAUAUGGUGAUGCGUUUAGAGUCCAUAUGUUCUCACAACCGACGGUGAUUUUAAACCAUCCUAAAUAUAUUGAAGAGCUCAUCACUAGCACGGAUCACAUAACAAAGGGAGUGCAAUACAACUUCUUGCUAAGUUGGCUCGGGCAAGGCCUCCUCACUUCCACAGGCCAAAAAUGGAAGUCUCACCGCAAAUUCUUGACUCCCGCUUUCCACUUCAACAUACUGCAAAACUUCCUGCCGGUGUUCUGCAAGAACCAGCGAGUGUUAACAGAGAAACUGAAACAAAUGGCUGACGGACGUAACAUUGAUAUGUUCCCUCUCGUCGCUUUAGCGGCUCUCGACAAUGUUACAGAAUCCAUUAUGGGACUGUGUAUUGAUGCCCAGCAACACAGCAAGUCAGAUUACGUCCAGUCUGUUGAUGAAUUGUCAAGAAUCGUAACCAUGAGAAUGCAAAUACCUAUCCUCGGUGAAGAAGCGAUCUUCAAUCUAUUGCCUCUAAAAACGAAACAAGAUAAAGCACUAAAGGUCCUGCACGGACAGACAAACCAAGUCAUUAACGCAAGGAGACAAGAACUUAAGAAAUUGAAUAUUACUACUUUGAAAGCUAGCGAUGAUGUUGGUAUCAGGAACAAGCACGCCUUCUUGGACUUAUUGUUGUUAUCUGAAAUUGACGGACAAAAAAUUAAUGAUCAGAGCGUUCGAGAGGAAGUCGACACAUUUAUGUUCGAGGGUCACGACACGACGACCUCAGGCAUCGCUUACACUCUCUACCUCCUGUCAAAACAUAGAGAUGUCCAAGAAAAGAUUUUCGAGGAACUUAAGACUAUUUUCACAGAUGACUUACACAGAGACCCGACAUACAAUGAGUUCAGUCAGAUGAAGUAUUUGGAGCUGGUGCUGAAAGAGUCGAUGCGACUGUUCCCGCCGGUGCCUUUGAUCGCAAGACUUAUCACGAGGGACUGCGAAAUCGGAGGUUUAAAAUUAGUGAAAGGAACAUCGGUGUUAAUGAACAUCUUCCAGAUCCAUAGACAUCCUGAAAUAUUUGAAGAUCCCUUGGAGUUCCGUCCCGAAAGAUUUGAAGGUCCCCUGAAGCACGCCUUCGCUUGGGUUGCGUUCAGUGCUGGUCCCAGGAACUGUAUAGGUCAAAAGUUCGCGAUGAUGGAACUCAAGAUCACAAUUUCGGAGAUCAUCAAGAAUUUCAUAAUUCUGCCUUCUGAUCAAACGCCUGAAUUAAGCGCAGACCUUGUUUUAAGAUCACAGAAUGGAGUAAAUGUCAAAUUACGACCUAGGCAUUAGAUAAGUUUAUGGACUGAGGAAACUGAAUGACAAAAUGAAUUUUAUAUUUGGAACCAAA